ACUGAUCACUGACAUACUCUAACCAAACCAUACAAAACGCUCCUCUCAGAUCUAUCGUGCAGUAUGAGUCUCCGUUCAUCAUUACGACGAGUCGCCCUCGAGGUCCCGGCUUUACGCUCCGCACAGGCGGCCGCACCGUGUAGACAACCUCGUAUCUGCGUACAACAGGUCCGAAGCUUCAACAUGUUCAACAACUCGCUCAUCCCCUCCUUCCUCCAACGAAAACGAGAUCGUACACCAGCAAACUCGGAAGCCAUACCCUCUGUCAAGGCACCUACAACGGGCGAACAGGAUAACAACAGCGCUGGCCAGGUCGCAGCGAGUUCGACGAGCGGGGAGGUACAGGAAGGAGAUAUCUUUUCCCAGUUAGAUACGUUCAAGAAGGAGACCGGUGUGAGGAAGGAAAAGCUCUUCAAUGAGCACAAGUACUCUACAGCAAAGUUCAAGAUCCCCCCCCGAAAACUCAACAAGCUCGCUCACCAAAUCUCCGGUCUACCCGUCGGCGAAGCUAUCCUGCAAAUGAAGUUUUCCGAGAAACGAGCGAGCGAGCGGAUCAAGAGCACUUUGGCGCUCGCUAGGAACCACGCAGUCGACAAGGGGUUAGAUCAGGGGAGGCUCGUUGUCGCCGAGUCUUGGGUAUCAAAGGGCCGAACCGUUAAACGGAUAGAUAUCAAGGGUCGGGCCAGGUUCGGGAUCAAGGAGCACCAACAAGCCCGACUUCAUGUCCUCCUCAAGGAGGGAAAGACCAGGGCAGAGUUGUUGGAGAAGAAACGGAGUGAGAUGUUGAAGAGGAUCAGGAGCGCCGGGGUAGUCAGGGAGGACAGGGUGAUUGUGAAUGCGGGGACGAGCGGUUGGAGGUGGUAGUGUACCAACGAGGCCCGGCGGACGGGUGGGAGGGUAUGAUCAUGGUGAUACGAUGGCAUGUAGACAUGGGGAUGUUACGCCCGAGCGUCACACGGAGAUGACGGGGUCCGCUGGACGCACGGUCAGGUUCUGUGGUCGUUACGCAUCUGCAAGACAGCCCGGCAGGUGUUGCACAGUUGGGAGAUUCAAGCUUGGUCUAAAAAGCACGAAUAGCUUCAUCAGAGCCCGACCGAUCUUAUAUAGGCCACUCCUGGAUCCACUAUCUACGGGCGGACCACGCACCAUGACAAGCGGACAAUCGCCGUAGAAUCUAGUCUGUGUGAAUGUCACGAAUCGCACUUGUAAGUUAGCUGGAAGGGGACCCCCGUCCAAACUUGAAUCCCGGUGGAGGGGUCCAUAUCAUCACCCAUGAGUAACAGGCGAGGAUAUUGUCUAAGGCAGCAGGAAGCCAGGCUCGAUUUUGUACAAUUCUUUUAGCAG